AUGCGUAUACGACUGCCCUUUGCAGCUGUGUUCGCACUGCUGCUCUUGCUUGCUGGAUACGCUGGUCUCUCGACAUUUGAGUUUGGCAGCUUUUCCAACGACAAGGUCCUGCAUGCAGUCACCUUCUUCCUCCUCACCCUUGUCUUCUACUGGGUCGUUGACACAAAUCGCCGGCGUACCGUCAACAUGACCCUCGUCGUCUGUACACUUUCGCUCGGCAUCGGCUCGGAGUUUCUCCAGAGCUUUCUCCCCAAUAACCGCGACUUCGACAUGUACGAUAUCUUCGCCAACGUUGCAGGCAGCCUCGCUGGCGUCGCUCUCUGCUCAUGGUAUCACAAGCGUAUGAUGGAGCGAAGGAGGAAGAACAAGACAUACAACACUGUUCCUGGUGAAGAGGAUGUUGAGCUUGGGGAGGACCAGGAAACAAGUGUCACGGGCGAAACGUCGCGAGGGGGUACUUUGGAAGAAGAGGUUGAUAACUGGGAUGAGCAUGCGCCCGACGAUUGGGAGGGUGAGGGCGCUGCGGAAGCACCCGCCCCGGCGCGAAAGGGCUCUGAAGGGUAG